AUGACUCUUUUAAAUUGGUAUCGAAUAGCAACAAUAUCAAGGUUAGCUAAGAAAUCAUGCAAUAUACAAGUCGAAAAUUUUUCGUCGCAUGUGAAAUUUGCGGAACAUAAGCAAUUGGAGAAAAUAAGAAAUAUUGGUAUAUCUGCUCACAUUGACUCUGGAAAGACCACACUUACAGAGAGAGUAUUAUUUUACACAGGCAGAAUAGAUUCUAUGCAUGAGGUAAGAGGUAAGGAUAAUGUAGGCGCAGUGAUGGACUCAAUGGAAUUAGAACGACAAAGAGGUAUUACUAUACAAUCUGCUGCCACAUACACAAUUUGGAAGGAUCAUAAUAUAAACAUAAUUGAUACACCAGGACAUGUUGACUUUACUGUAGAGGUAGAAAGAGCUUUGAGAGUUCUAGAUGGAGCUGUUUUAGUACUUUGUGCAGUAGGAGGCGUACAAAGUCAAACAUUAACAGUAAAUAGGCAAAUGAAACGCUAUAAUGUACCUUGCUUGGCUUUUAUUAAUAAAUUGGAUAGAUUAUCUGCAAACCCAGAAAGAGUAUUAAAACAAUUGCGUUCCAAAAUGAAUCACAAUGCUGCAUUUCUUCAUUUACCCAUAGGCUUAGAAAAAGAAUGCCAAGGUAUUCUAGAUCUGAUUGAUGAGAAAGCUAUGUAUUUUGAUGGUAAUUACGGUGAAAUUGUAAGACUAGAUGAGAUCCCUCAAGACAGACGAACUGAGGUUAAAGAAAGGAGGCAUGAACUUAUUGAACACCUGUCUAAUGUUGAUGAAACUUUAGGUGAAUUAUUCUUAGAAGAAAGAACACCAACAGUAGAGGAACUCAAGAAGGCUAUACGACGAGCGACUCUUAAACGAACAUUUACCCCAGUUUUAUUGGGGACAGCGUUAAAAAAUAAAGGAGUCCAGCCGUUACUAGAUGCUGUAUUAGAUUAUUUACCUCAUCCUGGUGAAGUGGAAAAUACGGCUUUAAUAAAUGAGAAGAAAGGCGGUGAAGGCGAAACUAUCGUUUUAGAUCCUUCUAGAAAUGGAUCUAAACCAUUUGUUGGUUUAGCGUUCAAGUUAGAAUUAAGCAAAUUCGGUCAACUCACAUACCUAAGAUGUUAUCAAGGGAUGCUGAAGAGGGGUGAUAACAUUUUUAAUGCUAGAACUAAUAAAAAGGUGAAAAUCUCACGGCUAGUACGAAUGCACUCAAACAAUAUGGAGGAAGUUAACGAAGUGCUCGCAGGGGAUAUUUUCGCGCUAUUCGGAGUAGAUUGUGCUUCAGGAGAUACAUUUGUCAACGAUGGAAAACUUCAGUUGUCAAUGGAAUCAAUACAUGUCCCGGACCCAGUCGUUUCUAUGUCCAUCAAACCGAAGAAUAAUAAGGAUAGAGAUAACUUCUCUAAAGCUGUGGCUAGGUUCACAAAAGAAGACCCAACAUUCCACUUCCGAUACGACAGCGAUAACAAAGAGACAGUUGUCUCUGGCAUGGGAGAGUUACAUCUAGAGAUAUAUGCACAGAGAAUGGAGAGAGAGUACAAUUGUCCUGUUGAAAUGGGAAAACCUAAGGUCGCGUUCAGGGAGACAAUGAUGUCGCCAUGCUCCUUCGACUAUCUCCACAAGAAGCAGUCCGGCGGCGCGGGGCAGUUCGCGCGCGUGACCGGCGUCAUGGAACCAUUGCCGCCUCAACAAAAUACAGUUUUGGAAUUCGUAGACGAAACAAUAGGUACAAAUGUUCCCAAACAAUUUGUGCCGGGUGUAGAGCGAGGUUUCAUCGACACGUGUCAGAAAGGUUAUCUGUCCGGUCACAAAAUAUCCGGAGUCAAGUUCCGGCUGCAAGAUGGCGCGCAUCACAUUGUGGAUUCCAGCGAAUUGGCUUUCUUCUUAGCGGCUAAGGGAGCGGUUAAAGAAGUAUUCGAAGACGGUGCCUGGCAGAUUCUAGAACCUAUAAUGUACGUAGAAGUUACAAUGCCAGAGGAAUUCCACGGUUCAGUUGUAGGACAGUUGAACAAACGAGGCGGUAUCGUCACCGGCAACGAGGGCUCCGAAGGAUGGACCACAGUACAUGCAGAAGUACCCCUAAACAACAUGUUCGGUUAUGCCGGGGAAUUGAGAUCAAUGACACAAGGCAAGGGUGAGUUCAGUAUGGAGUACAGCCGCUACUCGCCGUGCCUGCCCGACGUGCAGGAGCAGCUCAUACGCAAGUACCAAGAGGAGAUGGGCUUGCUGCCAGACCAGAAGAAGAAAAAGAAC